AUGCUCCAGAUGGAGGCUGCCAAGACUCCACCGUAAGUGCAUUUAGAUUUUUGUCAUAAAAAAAAAUCGCCGUUCAUCACCUAGGAACGAACUCAAAAUAAACUAUAAUGUACAGUAUAUAUAUAUGUUAUUUACCGGCUGCGAGGUCCGGAUGAGAAAAACUGUGCCCGAGGUCUUGAAAACGGCCCAAACGUUUUCAAGACCGAGAGCACAGUUUUUAGUGUCAAGUUUCUUCGAAACUUGACAAGUAUUGUGAUGAGUGGGGAAAAAUUCAUAUGAGUCAGGGAUCAGGCAUAAUAGUGUAAACUUUCCGGGGGGUGUAUACGAUAUAUGUUCGUAGUGAUUUAUUGUACUUAGUCAGUGCUUUGAAGGUUAUUUAGGCAAUUUCAGUUGUCUUAUUUAAAUAUUCUUUUGUCCUUUUGCCAAGUUCACAAAAAUUUUGAGGAGUGGUUGUCGUUAUUGUAAUUUUUUGUAAAUUUUAUAACAUUCGCUUCUCAUGUUGUGUAAAAGAUCUUUACCCCGGAACACUCGAUUUUUUCUUUAGCAGCGCAAAUGCGCAUGCGCUAUCAAACCGUAGAUGACCUACGAUGACGUGACGAUGCUAGGAAGGAGCGACACAGUGUUGUUUUCAAAUGUAUACACAUUUCAGAUGUGAAUAUUGAGUAAAUCUUUGAGAGUCUACGCAAUAUAUAAAUUGAUGUUAUUCAUUACGGGCAUUCAGUCAAGUACCGAUAUUACUUAGACGGUAUAUUCAUUAUACAGAGCUAAGAAUUAAGGAGCUAGAUAGUGCUUUUUUCCAAAUGUAUAUAAAACAUUUCAGACCUAAUUAUAAAUAUUGAGAAAAUCUUCGAAGUGCCGAUAUUAUUUUGACGGUAUAUUCAUUAUACAGAGCUAGGAAGGAGCGAGACAGCGUUGUUUUCAAAUACAUAAACAUUUCAGACCGAUGAAUAUUGAUAAAAUCUUUGAGAUGCUACGUAAUAUAUAAAUUGAUGUUGUGCAUUUAUACCGGCAUUCAAUUAAGUGCCGAUAUUAUUUAGUCGUAUAUUCAUUAUACAUCGAAUGUAAAGGUGUAACACUGCUACACCACAGAAUAGGUCACUCAGUACGAAGAGCAAAACAUUGCAUCAGAUCAGUAGAGCAUAAAUAACUAUCAAACAGAAGUAGUGUUUGUAUAUCAUUGUAUGGCGUUUGCUAUCCAACGUGUAGUCACGGGCCUUGUUCACAUGUCUGGCACAACGGUGCAAACUGGUGUUCAAUGGCACAAUGCAAUAUUCAAAUGCAACGAGAACAUCACCAGAUCUUACGAGAAUCUAUCUGUAUCAAAGCUUUAUCAAAACUGCUAUAAACUCUGCUGUAACUGUGAAAUUAUUGACAUCUAAAGUGACAUUAUUGAAUACUUGCGAAAAGCUGAAAAUGACUCAUAUAAAAAAAACAACCUGAUCUUGGCCUUGGGAAUAUAAAGUCAAAGGUCAUUGAGACUUGUUAUUGAGAAACAUGUCACAAUUAAGUUAAAAUGCGGAAGCGGAUGCGGAACCUAGCGGAUCCAUGGAGCGGGUGCGGAACGGAUAUGGGGAUAAAAUGCGUCAUUUAAAUGAAUUUUUUCGCCUCAUUUUUAUGUGUCUGUGUUUUGGAUUUAUGUUUUUUGUAAUGGGAUGCAACGUCAUAUUAACUACAGUGUGUCCCCAAAAAAGUACCCUUAUAACAAUAGGAUAGAUACUUUCUAUAGAGGGUACUUUUUUGGGACACACUGUAGUUAUACAGCUAUUUCAAUUGUGUCACUGAGACAAUAGUUAAAUGUGCAAUAUGGGCGCUGAUAGUUUUAAAUAAGUUUAGUAUAUCAGUAGCCUCAUGGGGAUACUUUCAGCGACAGCUCCCAAUGCAAUUGUAGUUUUAGAAUAUACAAAAUUUGGUUGCUGGUGAAAGAAUUUAAAUUUCGAGUUGUCUCGUGUAGCAUCACAAUAAAUAAAUAAAUUGUACCAGUUCCACGAGGCACGGCGAAGGAAGUGACAAUGAAUUGUUUCUCUCGUAAAAACCUUGUUCUAAUCCACAUUUUUGAGUAACGUGCAGGGUUGGUAUGUUAGAUGAAGAAUUAGGCCAAAUCGUAUUAGUGCCGUUAUUGAAAACAAAUAAAACAAAACACGCUAAGACAAAAAAACAAAGGCCUAAUGUGACGUUGUUUGGCCUAAUUGUUGAGCAAACCUAUUAACCCGCUAGACCCUACGCAGUUCUUCCCGAUCUUAUUCAAUUUGAAACUUUACACUAUCCUUGGAUCCCUAGUUUUCAUCCGGACCUCGCAGCCGGUAAAUAACGUGUUUAUUUUUUAUCAGAUGUAAAAAUUAAAUUCAUUAAAAUUCCAGUGUUGCUUGCGAACUAAUUUGAGAUCAGUGUAGUUGUUUAUUUUGAAAGCGAGGCCACAGAAUAGGAAGGUACAUCAGAAGCGUCACUCGAGUCGGUUCGCUUAUUGUUUUACGUCCACGAAAAUUUUAACUCGCUCACGCCAUCCUGGCUAGUACAACCGGAAGUUUUUAUCAGGUUUUGGUAGGUACAAAGUGCCGGUUGAACUGGCCAGGAUGGCGUGAUUGAUGACGAAUUGCUUGUAAAAACGCGGACAAAUACUUGCUUGAGUUACACUUCUGGGGCCGGUUGUAUAAAAAAGUGAUUAAAGUUAACUAUAGUUAGUGGAAACGUCAUCCAAUAAGAAGCGCGUAUUUGAGAGUUAAUCACUAUUUAACUACAAAAUAGUGAUUAAAAAAGUGAUUAAGAAUUUUAUACAACCGGCCCCUGCUAUUCUGUGGCGAGGCUGACAAAAGUUGAAAAGUUGAAACUUGAAAAAUAUAAAACAAGAAUACGAAAACUGGCAAGAAACACACAAAAAGACGUGUAGUUUCUGUAAACAUUUUCAUGCUUUUUUCAUGAAUAUGGUAGCAGAAAAGCUUUGGAAUAAAAAUUUGUAAGCCAGGCGUUUUGGCUUUGACAAUUUCGAUUGCUUCUGACAACGACAGGUUCAUGUUCAGAUCCGACUAAAAAAUACAUAAAAAUGAAUCUGCUUUGAUUUAAUCAACGUUUUUCAACUAAAAAUGAAAAAGGUAUGUUAUUUUUAUAUUUUUGUAUUUUUGUAAUUUUUCUGGUCGUUUCACGAUAAUAUGCUUGAAAAAAGUGUUUUUAAACGCAGACUUUUACGUUGUUUACAAUAUUUAUAUCAGUGAAAAAUGCCUGACACAAAUUGUAGAGAAUAUAUUCGUGACUUGUUUUCACUGCUGAAGUUAAACCGUUUUUUAAAUGGGAAAACAUUUAUUUUACAAUAUUUGUUUAAGCUGUAAUUUUUUCGCUUCUAGGUGGCCGAACAUGAGCAUUUAAAAAAAUAUAUAGUUUUCUCGGCGUAAGGUUUGUACAUGUUACAUAACUUUCCGACUUUCAGUCGCAUUUCUACCAAAAUAUUGUCAAUUCUGGUGUACAUCGUGCUUAGUAUGAAGUCUGAUGCAAUUCAUUUUCAUAUUUUGACUAUCGCUAGGCUACGUUUUUCCAACGUUUUGGGCAGAUUUUUUUGUUUAGAAAUUGUUUCACUCAUAUUAAUAUUUUGCCGCGAAAACCAGAGCGGGCAGUUGCAUUUCACAGCGGGCAGUUGCGUUUCAGAGCGGGCCGGAUGCAAAAAACCGGCCCGCUCUGAAAGGCUCCUCAGCCAAUCAGAUUGCUUCAUUUUGACUGAUAAAAAAUAAAUUGGGUUAAUAGGGUAGGUCUCUGAUCUGUACUUUUGUAUCUCAAAGGUUUGUCAGUAUUCAGAUUUAAAUAAGAACAACACGUUUGAAAUUGGGCAUUUUGGAAGUGCUACGUUUGGCGACUAUGACAACGAAACGAAGUCCAUCACCUUGCAGUACCACGGCAUUCUACAGGAGAAAGUAUCAAGGUACAAAUAGCUUAGCUUUCGAUUAAUAUACCUCUUUCUGUCUUUUGUUGCCGAUGACCCGAUGUACGUAAAACUACAAGAAGAAUUUCGAUGUUUCGAGCGAAGGAAGGGUCUUCGCUCAACUGAUCGAACGUCGAAGUUCUCCUUGUAUUUUUCAACCGGUACUCGAAGUUUUAAUUUAAUUUAUUGUACGAUCAUCCAGAUAAAAUUUUUUAUUUGUUUCUGACGUUUCGGCUACAAAUUAAAAAUUAAAAACAAUUAAAAAUUUUAAUCUCGAUGAUCGUACAAUAAUUAAAUUAAUGGAAGAUUCCCUUCAGUGAAUCGAAGUUUUAAUAGUCGUACAACUGGAAGAAUAAAAUAUGGGCCAUGUUUUCAAUCUCCAAAUUUCUCAACCUCGUUCCCAGGUUCUUGCAAAUUUCUCUCAUGCUUGCAACCAUAAUGACAAUCCAGCUGACGUCUGGAUUGUCUAUGUUGCAAUUCACAAUGCGAAAAUUAAUGCUAUGUGGUGUGGUAUUAUUGCGGCAUAUUAAUGCAUUAUUGGAUUGAGAAUUGUUGUUACAUUUACGAUCAUUAUUAUAUAUAUCAUCGCCUCUACAGGGUGUCCCAAAAAACCCGAAAACUAUUGAAAUCACUUAUUGUUAAAAUUGAAUGCCCUAUCAAAAAGCUGAACGUAAUGAUGCGUAAAAUAUUGACAAGGUGCAUGUAUUAAAAUUUAGUUAAAAACAUAUCCUUGUAAAGUGCGCGAUUUUCUGCUCUUGGGAAUUUAAAGCAGCUUCUUAAAUAGUUUCUUUAUGCAUAAAAUUUACUUAUGUCAAUCAUUUAUGCACCCGUGGGAACCAACAGAGUGCUAAGGCAUUCAAAUUCUAACAAUUAAAUUGUUAUUGGUAAUUUAAAUAGUUUUCGGGUUUUUUGGGACACCCUGUAUACACAACAUUUAACUUUUUAAAAACUUCAAUUGAAUUGACAAUUGAAUUAGAAAGUGUUCUCUCAAGAGGAAAAUUAAAAUAAUCACUAUACGAAUGAUAUAUACGAUCACUUGUUUUAUUAGAUCGAUUACUAUAACUUUGAAGUGUGAAGAAAAUGGAAAUGUUACCAAGGCAGAUUACAGUGUGGUCAAACAGUUAGUGUUGACUAACAAAUUUGUGAGUUAUUCUUUCAUCUACAUAUAUUGCAGACAAAGCAAAGCAAAGCAAAACGAAACGAAACGAAACAAAACGAAACAAAACAAAACAAAACGAAACAAAACAAAACAAAACGAAACAAAACAAAACAAAACAAAACAAAACAAAACAAAACAAAACAAAACAAAACAAAACAAAACAAAACAAAACAAUAUAUAAUGGAAUAAUUACGACUUCCGCAUACUUGACAUUUUAAAUUUCUAGAAAACUACGAUCAUAACUAAAGCAGCAUGUUUACGUCCUGUGGUGGUUCCUAGUCCCACAUCACCAGGAACAUCGCCAAGAACAUCACCAAGCACAUCACCAAGAACAUCACCAGGAACAUCACCAAGCACAUUACCAAGAACAUCACCAAGCACAUUACCAAGAACAUCACCAAGUACAUCACCAGGAUCAACAUCAAGCACAUCACCAAGAACAUCACCAGGAACAUCACCAAGCACAUCACCAAGCACGUCAUCAGGAACAUCACCAAGCACAUCACCAAGUACAUCACCAAGCACAUCACCAAGCACAUCACCAAGCACAUCACCAGGAACAUCACCAGGAACAUCACCAGGAACUUCGCCAGUAACAUCACCAGGAACUUCACCAGCAACGUCACCAGGAACUUCACGUAGUGGCGUAGCAAGCAGUGGUGGACUGAAAACUGUUUAUAUUGUUUUUAUUGCUGUUGCUGGGUAAGGUUAUGCAAUUUUCUCUUUUUCUCAGAGUACGUAAUCAAUUUGUAUUACAAAAUAGGCACUUAGAUGCCGAAACUCCGAAAGACGCCUACUUUUAUAAAGAGAGAGGAAUUUAUAUAUUGUCUAUUCUCCCAUUUUGUCAUGAGAACGGAAGAAGAUGAAGGAUAAUUUUCAUGGAUCGAUAUAAGUUACUUAUUCUGGCAAUGUAAGAAUAGAAAUAUAUUGAUAGAACAAAUCAAACAACUGAAAUGUUCUUGAUUAAGUCUAUUACUACUGUAUAACGGUUAUUAUAAUUUGAAUGUGGUAAACUGUGUUUCGUUUGCAGUUGUUUUCUAAGCAAUCUGUUAUAAUUAGACUAUGCUAACCAACAGUGAGUCUGAUGAUGAUUUUGCAAUAAAAUCGAAAUAUCACGAAAUUGUUCUUGUCUUGCGUUUUAUAAUGCUAAUGGUCAGAGCAAGUCAUAUCUUGAGUUUCAAAAUGCUAAUGGUAAGAGUAAAUCUCGAACGGUCCGUGCCAGUGAUAGGUAGCAAACGAAUACAAAGUGCCGUGCAACUUUGUAGGUGACACAACUACCUAAAAAUACAAUUAAAAACAACUUCGACGUUUCGAGCGAAGGCCCUUUGAAAGUUACUAGCCUAAGCCGACGGAAGCUAAUAAUAUGUAUAGGUAAUAACACGGGAAGGAGUGCAAUUAAUGAUUAACACUACGAGUGAUAUUUGAAAAAUGUGCCAAAAUUGCACGAGCCGCCGAGGCGAGUGCAAUUUGGCACAUUUUUCAAAUAUCACGAGUAGUGUUAAUCAUUAAUUGCACGACUUGCCCGUGUGAUUAUUUAUUUAUUAUAUGCAUGACAAAAUCGUUUUCUUUAAAAUUCAACUGCAUUUUGUCAAGAGUUUUUAAUUCUUUUGUAAGCAAUUUGGUAUAAACAAACUUGGGAAAUGAUUAUAAACUCAAAACAAGUGAAACUCCAAAAAUCGAUAAAAAAAUUUUUUAUCAAGGUAAAUAAAAAAUGUUAUCGAUUUUUGGAGUUUCACUUGUUUUGUAUUUUAUUAAAAUGCUCAGUGGUUCUAGAGAUUAUAAACUCAUAUCAAACAACACAUUUUAGACUAAGAAAAUCUUUAUAAAUUGUAUUUCAAACUUAUAUAGUCACGUUUCGCUGCAUCCCGCCUAGAUUAUUUCUUAAAACUGUUUCCAAGUAUUUUCCACAGGCUCUUGUUGCCACACAAUGUUUUCUAAACUCAUUCUGGUAAACUCAUUCUGAUUUCCAAAAUUCAGUUAAAUUCAUCCACAUUUGUUAGAAAUACUUAUUUAAAUUUCGCCGCCAUAUUGGAUUUUGUUGUUUUGAUUUCCCGCUCCCAGCAGUCAUCACGAAAAUCAUUUUAAAAUUGCACUCCUGGAGAGUGCAAUUAAUGAAAUAAUUGCACUCCUCUUAACCAAUCAGAUUGCAGUAAUUUUGUUAUGUAUAUAGUAAGGCCAAUAAUUGGCUAACUUUCAGAUGAAGUAACUUUCAGAUGAAGGACCUUCCUCGAAAUGUCGAAGUUCUUUUUGUUAUUUUCAUCUACAGUGGUCGCAGUUUGUAAUCUUCAGAUUGUACUACUACUGUAGUUUGUUUUAUUUUCUUUUAAAUUGUCGGCUGGGAUAGAUUGAAUUUUGAUACAUGCAGAGUAUUUUACAAAUUGCUGUAGAUUGGUGAUUGUUCUUGCUAUUGGUUCUUAUGUUGCUUACAAGAUGUUCAUGAAACGAAGAAGAUCUAGAGUUUUACUUAUUGAAGAAGAAGAAGAAAAUAUCUCACGACUUCACAACCAGGUUUGUUGAAUAUUUUUAACACCUUGAUCUUGUGUAAGGGUGAAUUGUACGUACCAUGGAUAAUAAAAUACAUGGAUAGGAAACUAGCUGACGUGACCUAAUGUUUUCAAUGGGAUGAUGGCGUUGAAACCUAGUUGCAAACCAAAUUCUCAAAAACGGCAUGUUUAGCGAUAAUACAGCUAAACAUUUUAGUCAAAGAGCAAAUAAAUAUAACUAGGCCAUUCUACGAUGAAAUCUCUAAGUAUUCCCGGUCAAUUUUAGCAAAUAUUUCAAGCACUAAACAGUGAAAAAUGCAUCGCAAAUUUCGUUAAAAUUGGCGACGCCAAUUUCGUAGCUACAAAUGUAAAAAAAUACAAAACAAAGACGAAAAACAUUUACCUUGAAUGCUUUGUCGUGGCUUAGGCAUGUUUUUACAACAAUUAGACCAGUUUAUGCUUCAAUAGCGAAACAACAAAAAUGCUGAGAACUUUGGCAAUACGCGUGGCAUCACAGAUUGCAACUAGGUUUAGACUGUGACGUCAUGAAGUUUCCUAUCCAGUUAUUUUACAAUCCAUGAUUGUACCUCGUACAUCAUAAUAUAAUUUCUUUUUUUCAUAAAUAAAUAAUUUUAGAGGAGUGCGCGGAGGGCCAUUAAAUGUCGAAAUUUGUUUUAUAUUUUACGGGUUGUUGAAUCUUCUACAGUGUUCGCAUUUAGUUAGUUGUUAAUUAUUCUUGUCCCCAUAGGGUUGACAAUAUUGUAGUCAGUAAGGAAUUUGUGUAACAACUAAAUAUUUAUUUUGUCAUGUUUUACAGAAUGCCUGCUCGACACCAGUAUCUGGGCCAGUUUGA